AUGAAGCUCUCCCUGCUGAGCGCUGCGCUCUUUGCAGUAAGCUCCUCUGCUCUCGCCGCCCCAGCAGAAGGAGUUGCCCUUCACAGCAGGCAUACUGCUCGGCAGUGCUCCAGCAGAUUGCGCGACUUCAACAAAUGCAAGCGUGACGAGGCCGACGAGCUCAAAGACUUUCAGGAAUGCCAGCAAGAUGCCCAAAAGAAGAAGGCUCUCUUUGACGCAUGCACCAGUCGCCCAGCUGGGGAUAACGCUCAACUCCAGCGCGAAUACGACCAAUGCAAGCGCGAGGAGCGUGCUCUCGAAAGGGCUGAAGACCUCUGCGACGACCAGGAAGACCGCAUCGAGCGUGAGCUGAGAAGCUGUCGUCGUGCCCGCAACCGAGCGUGUGUCGAUCAGAAGACCCGCGAGCUCAAUUCCAAGAAGUCUGAAUGCCGUAGGGCUGAAGCCGCAGAGAAAGCCAAGGAUGAUGAAUGUGAUCGUCGGGAGGACGCAUUGAAAGCGAGCCGCAAGAGUUGCGGUCAGCUUGAAAGGGACUGGCAAAAGGAGCUGCGAGAGUGCGAGGAAGACAGGAUUGAGUGGGAGGAGGAGAAAGCAGAUUGUGCCCGCAAGGAGGCUAGGUUGUGCAAAUAG